UUUUUCUUCGGAUAGAUUUCUUUUUUAAAUCAAAUAAAAAAAAAUGAUAGCAAUAGGAUUAGAAGGGUCAGCAAAUAAAUUAGGAAUUGGUAUAAUAGAACAUAAUACCGAAACAGGCGUAGUUAAAAUAUUAGCAAAUAUAAGACAUACGCACGUUACACCACCUGGCACAGGAUUUUUACCAAGAGACACUGCAGUUCAUCAUAGGGAAUAUAUUAUACCAGUUAUUAAAGAAGCUUUAAAAACGUCUAAUAUCAAAAUUAAAGAUGUUGAUGUAAUUUGUUAUACAAAAGGACCGGGAAUGGGGGCUCCCUUAGUCUCUGUUGCUAUUGUCGCUAGAACUUUAGCAUUAUUAUGGAAUAAGCCUAUUGUAGGAGUAAAUCAUUGUAUAGGACAUAUUGAAAUGGGAAGAGAAAUUACUGGGGCGGAUAAUCCCGUAGUAUUGUAUGUUAGUGGCGGUAAUACUCAAGUAAUUGCAUAUUCAGAACAUCGAUAUCGAAUUUUCGGAGAAACGUUAGAUAUUGCUGUUGGUAACUGUUUGGAUAGAUUUGCAAGAAUAUUAAAUUUACCAAAUGAUCCAAGUCCAGGAUACAAUAUUGAACAAUAUGCAAAGAAAGGAAAAAAAUUUAUUGAGCUUCCUUAUACAGUAAAAGGAAUGGAUGUAUCGUUCUCAGGAAUUUUAUCAAAUAUAGAAACUAUAGCAAAUGAUCAAUUAUCAAAUAAUCAAUGUACUCCUGAAGACCUAUGUUUUUCUUUGCAAGAAACUGUUUUUGCUAUGUUAGUUGAGAUUACUGAAAGAGCCAUGGCUCAUAUUGGUAGUAAAGAGGUUUUAAUUGUUGGUGGCGUUGGAUGUAAUUUAAGAUUACAAGAAAUGAUGGCACAAAUGGUUGAGCAACGUGAUGGAAAAGUUUUUGCAACUGAUGAAAGAUUUUGCAUUGACAAUGGAAUUAUGAUUGCUCAUGCUGGAUUACUUGCAUAUAGAACAGGUUUUGUUACUCCAUUAGAAAAAUCAACUUGCACUCAAAGGUUUAGAACUGAUGAAGUUUAUGUUGCUUGGAGGGAUUAACUAAAUUGUAAAUUAAUUGUACAGUUUUUUAAUUAAAUAAAUAAUAUAGUUUUUAAUAUUACAAUUGUUUUUUCUGUUGUCUCUUUAAA